AACGAAGAGAUAGCGGAAAAUAAUUCUAUGAGUUAUUUGAGGUCUGCUACUAGAAAUCUACACACUACGAUAAAAAGAGAAAUGCCACCAGUAAAUAAACCAAGCGAAGGACUCUACGAUAUCGUCGUUAUCGGCGGUGGUUCAGGUGGUUUGGGUGCUGCCAGAAGAUCAGCCCAAUAUGGUGCAAAAGCUGCUAUCAUUGAAGCUCAACCAAAGCUUGGUGGUACUUGCGUCAACGUUGGUUGCGUACCAAAAAAGAUUAUGUGGCAUGCAGCAGAUCUUGCUCAUCAUAUCAACCACGCACGUUAUUAUGAACUCUCUAAGGAUGUCUCCGAUGCGUAUACGCCACACAAGCCAAGAUUUAACUGGGCAGAUUUCAAGAAGAAGCGUGACGCUUAUAUCGAACGUUUGAACGGUAUUUACGAUAGAAACGUUGCAAAAGAUGGUGUCGAAUAUCACCACGGUUGGGGUUCAAUCUCAAACAAAGAUGGUACCUCAGUUAAAGUCGCAAGAGAUGAUGGAACUACCUACGAAAUCCCAACUAAGAAUGUUGUUGUUGCAGUUGGUGGUCGUCCUCGUAUUCCUACCGAAAUUCCAGGUGCUGAAUUAGGUAUCACAUCAGAUGGUUUCUUUGACUUAGAGGAGCAACCACGCAGAGUCGCAGUUGUUGGUGCUGGAUACAUCGCUAUUGAACUGGCGGGUAUUUUCAACUCAUUGGGUUCAGAAACUAGUUUACUCAUCAGACAAGAUAAAGUAUUGAGAAAUUUCGACACUAUCAUUCAAGAUACUGUCACCAACGAGGCUGAACGUCAAGGAGUCGACAUCAAGAAACACACGAACGUAACUAAAGUAGAGAAGACAAGUGAUGGUUUAUUAGUCCACCUUGACAACGGUGAACCACUGACUGUUGACUGCUUGUUAUGGGCUGUUGGCAGAGUACCAGAAACUGAAGGUGCAGGUGCCAAGAUAGCAGGAAUCCAAACUGACGAAAGAGAUCACAUCAAGGUUGACAAAUAUCAAGCUGCUCAAUUGGCUGAUAACAAGUACUCAAAGAACAUAUAUGCAAUUGGUGAUGUUCAAGGUAAAGCUGAGUUGACCCCAGUUGCUCUUGCCGCUGGUAGAAGACUCGGUAACAGAUUAUAUGGACCAUCACAAUUUAAAGACGACCACCUCGAUUACAACACUAUUCCAUCUGUUAUCUUCUCACAUCCACCUGCUGGUUCUGUCGGAUUAAGUGAGACUGACGCAAGAAAGCAAUUUGGUGACGAUGUUAAGAUUUACACAUCUAAAUUUACUAACAUGUACAAUUCAAUGUUCCCACAGGAGGAGAAAGAACCAAGCGCUUUCAAGCUCAUCGUUGUAGGUGAAAAUGAGAAAGUUGUCGGUUUACACCUCGUUGGACAAGGCUCAGAUGAAAUGUUGCAAGGAUUUGCCGUUGCUAUCAAGAUGGGCGCUACUAAGAAGGACUUUGACAACACGGUAGCUAUUCACCCAACUGCAGCUGAGGAAGUUGUUACUAUGACUUAAAAUAUAGAUAUUUAGAUUUAUUUUUCUUGAUUGAUUUAUUUGUUGUUGAUUUUGUCCGUAAGCUUUAUACCUCCCUAAUGCGUUUUGGUUUUACUAUUGGAAACUAUACCGACAAUUAGGGGAAGGCUCGAAAAUUAUAGCAUUACGUCG